AUGAAAUGCUGGAAUUCAGUACUACUGUCAAAGGCACUUUGGAAUAUUCAUAGGAAGAAAGACACAAUUUGGGUCAAGUGGAUUAACCACAUGUACUUAAGGAGGACAGACAUUUGGGAAUGCCAACCAACAAAGGGGACUCGCCUCUCAUUAAUAGGCUGCUGGAAAUUAGAAAUCAACUCAUUGAAAUUGACUGGAACACUCAGUCAGUUGCAGACAGAUUACUUGAAUGGACAAAAGCGAGCUGUUUUAGCGUACACGUGGCAUAUGAUUUUUUCAGAAAGGCUAGGAGAGCCUGGACUGCUGAAGGCAGGGACAACUAUAAUAAGACUAAAUACUAAGCCUACUCUUAUAAAUCAUAAAGUCGCCUUUUAUUCAAGCGUUUCAAAGGACUACAAAGAGAUAAUUGGGGAUCUAGCCUUAAUUGGAAAAUACACCCACAUAAGGAAAGUGAAGCUCCCAACCCUUCGAACAGAGAUUCGAUCCCGACGACAAUUUUCCCAGGUAGGUGGCACUACAGUGAAGAUACGGUUGUUGCUGGGAGCAUUAUUUCGUCGGUUGCUAUCUCCAUCGAACUUUCACGUUUUCGAAGACGAUUACAUUCCGUCGUCCUUUUCCAUCUCGCUCCCCAAACGUAUAAGUUUCUUGGUUGCCUUAAUUGGAGAAUACACCCACAUACGGAAAGUGAAGCUCCCAACCCUUCGAACAAAGAUCCGAUCCCGACGACAAUUUUCCCAGAUUUACCAAUUUUUAACCUUCUUCAUUCGGAAAAGCCAUCUCCUUGCCGUCUUCGAUCAAAGAUUGUUGUUUAAAGGGCCUUUGAUUAUGGUCAGAUACCAAAAUAUGGACGAAGUGCAAAUCAGGCAUGAUGAGGUUUCGAUGGAAUCUCUUGAUGAGAAUGUUACGAACUCCGUUAACAUAUUAGAAGGUUUUUGAAGUCCCUCCAAGAACGUUUGCUGAAGGAAGUAAAAGGAGAGAUUGUUCGAGGAGGCAGCCCCAGUUAUCACUUGCAGUGGGAUUGUGUUAAUUUUGUCAUACAUGCAAAUGUUAUUUCAGUUACAGUAUUUUGUACUUGCAAUUUAA